UCGAAACCGGUGUUUGUUGGAUAUAUUGGCACGGUUUGUCUUUGUCUCGGGCCUAACAACACCCGUGCCAAUAUAUCCAACAAACACCGGCUUCUCGGGCAUUAUCACUUAAGUAUACACCAGCUCUGCUCAGGCACCCAUUGGGAUCUAUGGGGUUAAUUUAAACUCCUUCCCCGCUGUACUUCCUCGUCACUGUCAUGCUUCUGAUUCUCUCUCUCUUGAGAAAUGCCUGAAUAAUUUGAUGCGGUUGGAGAAAAACGAAAGACGGCAAGUUUUGCGUGCACACUUUUGAUUUGGAAUUGGUUAACUUAAUUUUUCCACCUUGUAUUGUGUCUUGAUAUUACAACUUGACAUUAUGCUGUGGUGGAAUGUCUGUGCUGUAUGGAGUAAACUCAGUGACUAAGUAAAUAUAUAACUUCCUCAAACUACACAGAACACUGCUCAUUAACAUACAAUGGGUGAAACAAGACGACGAGCUUUUAAAAUAGUUAUUCAGAUAACUUGCCAACUUCUAUGGGUAAGAUCUUACAGCACUAAGCCAAUCAGAUACACCGCUGACCAUAAUGUGCUUCUGCAUUGUAUGUCCUGUAAAACUGUUUAAGCUAACAUAUGUUAAGGAAUGGCAAAUCAUUAUACAUAUUGCAAUAAUUAUUUGACUUCAGCCUAUUGCAUAUUUCUAUGCACUUUUGAUAUGUAUUGUUAAUUUUGUCCAUUGAAAGACUGUAAUGUAUAUCAUUAAAAGACAGAAUUUGCUUUGCAUUAUACAGCAAACAGCUUAGAAUAUGUUAUAGGAAGUGUUUCCACCACUCCUUUUCUCUGUCUUCUAUUCAUUCUUGCUGCAUGUUUACAGAUUAAUUGCCUAGAUGCUGUUGAAUCCACAUGACUAACUGAAAAGAUGGCAUCUCGUGUGUGUAAUUAGAUUCAGUGAGAACUAAGAAAGCCUCAGACCUAGAGUGGGAUUUAAUUAUUUUACACGCGCACACAAAAUGUUUAUGAAAGAUUAACGUUUCUUCAAAUACGUUUUUUUUUGCUGAAUUAGUUAUUUCUGCACUGCACCCUCACAAGAAUUGUUGGCUACUGAAUGAUAUGAUAAACACACUGUCUCUCUGUCUCCCUCUCUUUUUCUCGUUCCCUCCCUCCCUCUCUAUCUCUCUCUCUCCCUCUCCCUCUCUAUCUAUCUAUCUCUCCCUCUCUAUCUAUCUAUCUCUCCCUCUCUAUCUCUCCCUCCCUAUCCCUUCCUCCCUAUCUUUCCCUACCUAUCCCUCCCUCCCUAUCUCUCCCUCCCUCUCUAGCUGGCAGGUCUGAUGGUAGGUCUGAGUGGUAUGUACUUGUUGUUGAUCUACAGACACAAUGGCCUGUUCUUCGCCCACACAUACAUCAUCCUCCCAGCAUGCCUAGCUCUGGCCAGCGCUACCUUGCUAUUGGCCAGCGGAGGACUGGGCAUCUGGGUGUCCCUCAGAAAGUCAGCCUGGCUACAGGCCGUGGUGAGAGAGGGAGAGAGAGAGAGAGAGUCUGUGUUUGUGUGUCUGAAUAGAAUAAAAUGUAUGUAUUUUCUACAGUUUUGGAUGGAGCUUAUCACCUUAUCUGUUGUCAUGGUGCUUGGCCGUUUCAGUUUGUCUAUCUGCUGGUCAUGGUUUUCUGCCUGGAGGCAACUGCUGCUGCUCUAGCCUAUGUCAACGCAGGAAAGGUACUUAGAUAUGGCUUUACAAAACUACCAAAAGAGCACACAUCCCCAUAUUUGACAUUCUACACUGAGUGUAAAAAACAUUAAGGACACCUUCUCUUUCCAUGACAUAGACUGACCAGGUGAAAGUGCCUUUGAACAGGGUAUGGUAGUAAGUGCCAGGCACACCGGUUUGUGUCAAGAACUGCAAUGCUGCUGGGUUUUUCACACUCAACAGUUUCCCGUGUGUAUCAAGAAUGGUCCAACACCCAAAGGACAUCCAGCCAACUUGACAUAACUGUGGGAAUCAUUGGAGUCAACAUGGGCCAGCAUCCCUGUGGAAUGCUUUCGACACCUCGUAGAGUCCAUGCCCCGAUGAAUUGAGGCUGUUCUGAGGGCAAAAGUGGGGGGGUGCAACUCAAAAUUAGGAAGGUGUCCUUAAUGUUUUGUACUCUCAAUGUAUGUUAUAGUUAUGAUAAAUAACAUGAUGUGACUGACCUGUGUUCAGGUGGACUUAGAGCUGGCUCCCUUCAGGAGUGUCUUUCGAAGAUACACAGGAAGCAGUCAGGACCCAGGAUCCAAUGCUGUGGACGCCACACAGAAAGAGGUGUGUGUGUGUGUGUGUGAUCAUGAUCUGAACUGAUCUAAUGACUAUCUGUGAUGUGAAUCCUCUCCAGUUGCAGUGCUGUGGUAUCUAUGACUACCGUGACUGGUUGGCCACGCCCUGGUUUAACCACAGUGGGCGGGGCAGUGUACCUCACAGCUGCUGUAUCUCCACCUACCACAUCUGUAAUGGUACCCUGGAGCUGCCCGGGCUACUAUAUCAAAAGGUACACACACACACACACACAUACACCAGCCCUGGCCCACUGUGGUGAUCCAAAGGUAUGUAUGUACAUACACACCUGGGCAGCAUUUCCUUCCAGAGAGAUGGCACUCCCCUUACUCAGUUGUGUGUGUGUCCUCUCUCUCAGGGCUGCCAGGUGAAGCUGGAGGAGGCCUUGCUUUUUGUUCUGCGUCUCAUCAUCUGGUCAUCUCUGGCAGUGGCACUAGUGGAGGUGGGAACCACUAGAGGGCACUGUGGGGUAUAGUGGAACAACAUGAAAAGGGUCGUGUAGCAAAACAUUUUACAACAGAAAAUAAAAAUGAGUGUUUCUUAUUGGACAAGAUCAGGUAGUACCUGGUGUAACCAUACUUAUCUCUCUCUCUCUCUCACUCUCUCUGUCUCACUCUCUUUCUCACACACACAGACUGUAGGGUUUGUGAGUGUGGCUCAGUUGAUGAUGGACCAGCCUCUGUUGGAGUAUGGAAUACUGGACAGGGAGUGGGACUGAAGCCUGAACCAGAGUGGCAGAAAGUGUUCUGGACCGAGAAUCUACUUUAGAAAUACUAUGACCUGGAACUUAGUAAAGUUCAUGAUGCUGUGGACCUUAAAGGCCCAGUGCAGUCAAAA